CAUAUUUAUUCAUGCCGGGCAAGAUGGCGGCGAUUCGGGCUCGAUGUUAUUUCUAGUGAACAUAUAAAGGCAUUUUACUCAAAAUAUAGUUGACAGGCAGAUACUUAUACACACUUUUUCGCRCCGUGUGUGUGUUUUUCACGUAACAAGCGUCGAAGUCUUUUUUAUUUCACACGUCUCGGAGGUUUUUUUCCUGACUAAAUGUUCACGUUGUAAGUCGCGCUAACAGAGCAGUUAGUAACAGCCAUCCAUCAGAGCCAAGCCGCCGUCAAGUGGAGAAUGGGAGAAAAGCUGGAGCUCAAGCUCAAAUCGCCGGUCGGAGCAGAACCUGCUGGUUAUCCUUGGCCAUUACCAGUAUACGAUAAACACCAUGACGCUGCUCAUGAAAUCAUUGAGACCAUUCGRUGGGUGUGUGAGGAAAUCCCAGACCUCAAACUUGCAAUGGAAAAUUAUGUGCUCAUUGACUACGACACCAAGAGYUUUGAGAGUAUGCAGAGACUUUGUGACAAGUACAACAGGGCUAUUGACAGCAUUCACCAGCUGGUGUCAUCUUGUUCGGUUUCACUUCCCAGCUGUUCAUCAGAAAGAGUGGACAUACGCAGCUGGACGUGGCGGACUGCUCGGAGCGUCUCUGUUUAUAGAGGUCCUUUUCCCUUUCGGCUUUUUGGUAAUAUUCAGCCUUGUCCUCAUCGGACAGAGACUUCCACUGUAGAAAGAAGACAUGACACUGAAAACAGCUCCAGGUCAACUGAUCUACGCAUACAUCCACUGAUCUGUACAAACUCCCAUGUUCUGAUGGAUUUAUCCUGUAGCGCAGCCACCCCCUUCAACUUCUGCUCAUCUGAAAACAACCUGAAGGCGUUCCGAGGCUUUGGCACGUAUGUCUUCCUCUGAUUCUUUCUGGAGGAGCAAAACAGAAAAGAAACUGCACUUAGAGCUCGCAUGUCAUCACGGUGACGGACUGAGUGACGAUCAAGAGGUUUUAACUUGACUUGAGCUGCGACUGAAGCCUGGAGACUCCUGAUCCACAGACACAGAUCAGAAGCAGUCAAGAGUGAAGUAACAAGGAGUCCAAACUUACACUGAGCGACGGGAGUUCAAAGGAGCAGCAGCAGGACGAAACUGAUGCAACAUCUCUCCAUUCCUGCCCACAUACACCCA